UUAAUUAAUUUGCUCUGGUGUUUGGUUUUAAGGCUUUCACAUAUUAUAAUAAUGUGUGGAUAGGUGUUGACUUGACCUUGCUGGUUUCCUUCGAACAGGAGCUUUCUUAAUUCAUUGUCCUCUUCCUUCUAUUUAGUUCCACUAGGAGAAGCUAUUCUACUUGACGUGAUUAGCGUGAAAUAUUAACAUCCAGCGUGUUGUUAAUUCUCUCACAAUUCAUUUGCAAUUCUUCUGUGGAAACAAUGCUUCUAGAGCUGGAGACUUGGACUGCUUUGGUGGUUUUGUUUCUCCUUGUGUUGAUUCUGAAGGAGUCGAUCAUGGGAGGUAAGAGUUCAAAAGGGUCUGAUAGGAGGCAUGUUUCAUCGUAUGGAUCUGCUGGUUCUUCAUCUUCAUGGGAUAACUAUGAAUACCCUCGGUCAUCACAAGCAUACCCACAACAAAAUCCAUAUAACACACCUCUUCACCACCCUGCAACGGCUCCAUUCCACGAUUAUUCACGGCCAAAAAGGAGGUUGGAUAGGAGAUAUUCCAGAAUAGCUGAUGAUUACCAUUCACUGGAUGAGGUUACCACUGCUCUUUCACAUGCUGGCCUGGAAUCUUCUAAUCUCAUUGUUGGCAUUGAUUUUACAAAGAGCAACGAGUGGACAGGGAAGAGGUCAUUCAACCGAAAAAGUUUACAUCAUAUAGGAAGCGAUCAUAAUCCUUAUGAACAAGCAAUCUCAAUUAUUGGGAAAACUAUAAGUGCUUUUGACGAGGACAACUUGAUUCCUUGUUUUGGAUUUGGAGAUGCAUCAACACAUGAUCAAGAUGUCUUUAGUUUCCAUUCUGAUGAAAGGUUCUGCAAUGGAUUUGAGGAAGUUUUAUUAAGAUAUAGAGAUAUUGUUCCUAGCCUGCGUCUGGCAGGACCCACUUCAUUUGCCCCUAUUAUUGAGAUGGCCAUGACUAUAGUUGAGCAAAGUGGCGGCCAGUAUCAUGUCUUGCUAAUAAUUGCUGAUGGACAGGUGACUAGGAGCGUUGACACAGAACAUGGCCAGUUAAGUCCACAGGAAAAGAAGACAAUUGAUGCAAUUGUAAAAGCCAGCGAGUAUCCACUUUCAAUAGUUUUGGUCGGGGUUGGAGAUGGACCGUGGGAUAUGAUGAGGGAAUUUGAUGAUAACAUUCCAGCUCGAGCAUUUGACAAUUUUCAGUUUGUGAAUUUCACCGAAAUUAUGUCAAGGAGUAUACAUUCAAGCAGAAAGGAGACAGAGUUUGCUCUAGCAGCUUUGAUGGAGAUACCUUCUCAAUAUAAGGCAACCAUAGAUCUUGGCAUAUUGGGUGCACGGAAUGGACAUUCACCAGACAGGGUUCCUCUACCUCCACCUCAUUAUGAGAGGGCUUCUGCUAGCAGCAGCACAACAUCUUUUCGUUCAAACAGUUUUCAGCAGAGUACACGUACAUAUUCUGUCAACGAUGAUGUUAACGCAGAAUCAUCUUCAAUUGGCUUAUAUGAUAACAAGAUUUGUCCUAUUUGUCUUACUAAUGGGAAGGAUAUGGCCUUUGGUUGCGGGCAUCAGACUUGUUGCGACUGUGGAGAAACCCUCGAAUCAUGUCCCAUUUGCCGAAGCACAAUCAAUACCAGAAUAAAGCUUUACUAGUUAACCUUGCUUCAGACCUGCUUUCAGUGGCAAUUGCAUGCAUGCAGAAGAAGGGUAGCAAAGAGAGGAGCAUGGUUGCCUGAAUCAUGAUAGAUACGUUUUUUGCCUCGUAUUGUACACAAAACUGCAUUUCGCAAUUUUGAACAAAGUUAAAUCAUUAUGCCAGGGUAGGAAGAAUUGUGAAUGCACGUUGCCUCACUGUACAUAUGAAGCUUGUGCAUCUCGUAGGUUUCAUGUUUUGAGUAAGCUGCUUGAAAAAAAAAUUCUUAGGAUUUUUUUAAGUAUAUAUACUGUUUUAGUUUUCUCUUCAUGUACAAUGAUACAUGUAUUGGUUGUACUGGAGCAUGAGAAACUAAACCUGCGUAUUUUGAUUAGAUUUUAUAUGGUUAGUAAUGCUUUUAGUUUACCCUUUCGCACUUCUAAUUUCGUGUUAAGUGUUUCUUUUUUCUUAUUAAUCUAAUUUCCUUGUCAAUUUCUUAACUUUUUUAUUAGUUUGUUUAUUGUAAAUAUAUACUUUCCCAUCAAGGGACUCAUUUUUGUCUAUUCAUUAUCGAAUUAUUUUGAAUUUUUAAAA